CAGAAGAGAAAAAGGAGGAGGAGAGGAAGGAGGAGCGAGCAGGGAACAGACUGGCUGAUCCUCGCAGCUCUCAGUCUGCCGUCUGUGCUUGGUGAAGCAGUUUCCUUCUCCCAGCCUUCAGCACAUACUCCUGCUCAAUUACUUCAACUGACAAGAGCAAAAGCAGCAGCAGCAGCUGCAGCAGCAGUAGCAGAGAUUUACUUGCUCCAACUCUUCCCGUACCAUGCUGCCGUGGAGAAGGAAUAAGUUUGUUCUGGUGGAGGAUGAGGCCAAGAGUAAACCUAAGAACCUGGGGACUGGACUGACCUACCACUCCAUCUUCUCCUCUCUACUGCGCUCCUGUCCUGACCUGCUGCCAGACUGCCCCUUCGAAUGGGUGGGCAGCUUCUUCCACACCAAACGGCAAAAGGUGGAACUGAACAAGGAGGAGCCUGUUUACAACGUGCGCUACCUCGGAAGUGUGGUCACCAUCACUGCUAAGGGGGACGGCUGCACACAAGAGGCAGUGACCAAGAUCUGGGCCAGGAGCAACUAUGGAGAGCAGUGUGUCAAGAUGAGGUUAACAGUGGGACCACAAGGCAUCAGGAUGAGUGCUGAUAAAUCCGGGAAAAAGAAGCCCGUCCAUCUUUACUCCCUGAACAGAAUCACCUACUGCAACGCUGACCCUUGUCGACCCAAGAUCUUAGCUUGGAUCUACAGGCAUCAGGUCAAGAACAUGGCUGUGGUGCUUCGGUGUCACGCCGUCCUUGUCAGUAAGUCAGGGAAGGCCCAGGCCAUCGCUCACAGUCUUUACCAGAACGCCACGUCCGCCUUCAACGAGUUCAAACGGCUGAAGAGGCAAAGCGAUUUCCGGCACUGCCAGCAGCAGCUGCUGGGCGAGGAGGCGGUGCCUCUGAUGCCCCUGAGGAGGCUGCUGAACGGUCAGUGCCACUACAGACCGCCGGCAGACAACCCCGAGAGCACCAGCCGCCUCUGCUCCAUCACAGAGGAAGAGGAGGAGGAGGAGGAAGACGGGAAAGAAGAGGAGUUACAGAAACACCAGGAGGAAGAAAAUGUCUUAACGACAAACACGGACCCAACUCAGCUGCUGUCGGAGUUAGACCUUGGGGAUAUUGCCAGACUGGAGCAGUGCCAAAUCAAAUUCGUCAGCGACAGCAACAACAACACGUUUACAUUUAUAACCUCUCUGGUGUGACCAGAACGCAGCGUAUGAAGAGCAACACAUUCCUCCUUCACUGGUACCGCACUCAGGCUUCCUCCCGCCCCGUCCGUCUAAUGUGAAGUGUUUCCCACAAACUCCUCCGCCUGCUGGGUGGUCGAGGGAAAAACUAGACCAUCAGUCUGCUGGAGCGCGAGCAAAUCUGGCCAGAUGGUUCAGAUGCUGGUUUAACAGACUGACUGUAUCUUUUUUGGAAACUGCGAAGUUCACGAAGGCGGCUGGUGACACACAGACUAACAAUAGCACAACGAUGAACUUCUAUCGGAAAACGUGUGAGUGCUGGCUUGGCGGUCACUUCCCGAUCACAGCACAAACCAGGAUGUGUUUAUUACUCCUCUAUCUUUAUAUUUUGUGUGUCAUUAAGACCAUGUGGUGGGACUAUUUCCAGAUCGACUAGUUGUAGCUUAUUCAGGGAGGUUCUUUGUAAAUGCAUGUAAUUUUUCUAAUCAAUCCUGAUGAAAAUGAACGGCAGGAGAUGUUUAUUACAGUUUUAUUAAUGUUGACAGCCCGCUAAUGAAUAAGGCUAUAAUUUAGGAAGAAAGCCAUUUAGUCGACAUGUUCAUUGGUGCCAUUUGUCACCGUUCUUAUCAUUUAUGCAUGACGUGCCAGUAGUAACCUUUCAUGUUGAGCUUUGGCCUUUUUUCAUGUGACAUUUUUUAUUUCAUUUGGCUUUUACAAUGAACACUGUGAUAUAUGCAUGUGCAGGGACAGAUACACAAGGAUUUACUUAGCUUUAAAAUGCAGUUUUUGUCAAAUUUCAUGCACUAUCAUCCAGUUUGAAAUCAGUUGCAUAUUGCUGUCAUACUGUUACAGCCACAUUUGAUAAAAUUUUUCACUCAAGCCCCAGCAAAAAUGUAGACGGAACCGUAUAAUCUUAAAAAGUGUUUUGAAUACAGCUGGAUUUUUGCUGUUUUCCUGUUGAUAAUAUCUGUGCUGCUGUUUAAAGAUGCAUUGUGAUAAUUGAGAUGAUGCUAUUGAAAUAUUUAUUUUCCAAAUAUGAUGAAUAAAAACUACUCUCACA